UCCGUCUAUCCCAUCUAUCCAUCCAUUCACAGAAGUUCCAUCUUCUCUACGUCGAUUUCAGGCAGCCAACUCCCUGUAUGUACUGAUGUGUCUGAUUUCGAAGAAGUUGUGGUGGUAGUUGUUGCCGUGGCUAAUAGUGCAAGCCAGAUCCCAUUCCGACUUGACCCACCUAUCCACCCACCCCUUUCGCUCCAGACUGCCUGAUCAGAGACCAGACUAGAGCUAGCUCUUCAUUCAGGCACCCAGCCACCCACAUACCCCCCGCCCGCCUGCCUGCCUGCCUGCCAUCCAUUUGAUCCAGCCAGGGAGUGGUCGUGGUCGAGAUGGCAAGCGGGAGGAUGGAGGAUCUAACGGGUUCCCGGGGGGCUCUGGCCACGUCCGGGGCCACUAGCCCGGCCACCGUGCCCAACUACGUGGAUUCUUACGACUACUUGUUCAAGUUUUUGGUGAUCGGGUCGGCGGGCACGGGCAAAUCCUGUCUUCUUCACCAAUUCAUCGAAGGCCGUUACAAAGAGGAUUCCAGUCAUACCAUCGGGGUCGAGUUCGGGUCCAAGAUCGUGCCCGUGGGCGGAAAAACAGUCAAACUCCAGAUUUGGGAUACAGCCGGACAAGAGCGAUUUCGAUCCGUCACACGAAGUUAUUACCGAGGGGCGGCAGGUGCUCUGUUGGUAUAUGAUAUCACGUCGCGGGAGAGCUUCAACACUCUGGCCAAUUGGCUCACCGAUGCCCGGACUUUGGCCAGUGCAUCCAUUGUCAUUAUCCUAGUUGGGAACAAAAAAGAUCUCGAGGGCGAACGAGAAGUCACUUUUCUGGAAGCUAGCCGAUUCGCCCAAGAGAAUGACAUGAUUUUUCUGGAGACCAGUGCCAAAACGGGUGAUUCCGUAGAGGAGGCUUUCUUGAAAUGUUCCAAAACUAUUCUAGCCAAGAUAGAGACCGGAGAAUUGGACCCGGAAAGAAUUGGCUCAGGGAUCCAGUAUGGCGAGUCCUUGCUGAGACGGAAUCAACAGUCAACAAGUCGGAAAACGCCAGAUUGCAGCAAUAUCCCGUGCAAGUUCUAGGAGCAAUACAUAGCUACCCUCUGUUUUAUCAGUUGAAAAUAUUCUGAUCCAUUACUAAACUUUUGCACUCUGCCUUAUCCACCCGCACCCCACCUACCCACCCACCCAUCAAUCUACCCUCGAUAAUGGUGUCAUCCUCUGGUCGUCACAAUUAGAAAUGAAAAUCCACUUUUAGAGCAGAAAACCCAAAUAACCUAAUGUGUUUGAACAUCUCCUGUGCGCUCAUUCCAAAGCCAAAAUUGUGGACUUCACCAAGAUGACCGAGAAUUCCUUUCAUUCUUUCUCAUAUGCGGGUUGAGACGGUACUUUGCCGCGCCUUUUCGACAAACAGUUUCUAUAUCGGCCUGCUUGCCUCAAUCAUCGCAUUUCAUAUCUACACAUAAUUGUUACAUUUAGCAAACUUGACCGUGAUAAAACAUAUAUUAUAUGAAACCUACAUUGCAAAUAUAUGACAGAUAUAUAUUUAA